UGUAGGUAGUCAGACUCUCUAGUUGCCUUGUCUUAGCAUCAUCUCAUACUGUUAUUCAUGAAUAGCUCCAUGUAGACUGUGUGCAAUGAAGGAGUGUGGAGCCAUACAUGCAAGUGAAGCCACUAGUAACGAGUUUCCAGAUCUACAGUUCACGUCUGCUCCACCACGACUGCCUACCAAGGAGUGUUCCUAUGUACGUUCAGGGAGGAACAGAUAGCACCAUGGCAUCAGACACAGAUAAACUGUUUGAUGAGUUUCAUCCCGAAGUCGAUUCUUCAACAGCAUCAUCUAUCUAUUUAAAAUGGACGCUGGAAGAGACUGCCGUACCAUACAUUCAAAGAUUUCAGGUGCACUACCAGAAGGUGGCUAGUACAUACGUUCAAUACAGCAACAUGCUCCCUGCUUCUUCUACGGGAUAUAAUAUUCGUAACUUGGUUGCCGAUACUUACUAUAAGGUGUGUGUUGUGCUGUAUCGUAAUGAUACAACCUCCCAUUACGACAGGUGUGGACCAGCGAAUACGACGAGUUGGCAUAUUCCUGUCUCGAUUGGCAGUAGUAUUGGAGCAAUCUUAGCUUUGUCAAUCAUUGUGUUGAUUGUGCUUCUGUCCCGAUGUCCUUCGCUUAUUCGGCAACAGCGACAAGUCGCUUCAGACUCGAGUAAAUAUGACAGCAUGUCAUCUCAUUUUCCGGAAGAUCAUUACGAAAUGAGCGACACGACAAUGCCAGGGCAUGAACAUGACGAAGAGCUGACAUCCGAACAUAAAGUUCACGUUCACGUGUUCGACGAUGGUUCAGGGCGUGACCAUUUGCAGGAGCGGAAAUAUCGCCCUGCAACAGAUCCGUUGUGUAACGGGAAUCGUAAUCACGUGACUCAUCACUCAGGGAGCCAUCGAUCUCAGUCCCAAACUGAACGGAGCUCAAGUCAUCAUCACCAUCAUCAUCGACAUCCUCAUCUUCAAGCUAUGCGUACGCAUCACCACUCCCUUGUGCUGGAGCACCACCCAAUACCACAGCUCACGCAAACAAACUCAUUGGACGACCAAAUAAGCCUGAAGGAUUACACUGUAUAGGAACCGACUGUUGUUUGUCACUCCCAGUUGAGCUCACUACCCUACCGUGUACCACACUGUGUUUCCAUCUGAAUGGAUUUAAUAUUCAUGUUUUAAUGGAAUCAUUUUGUCUAUGGAUUAUCACAGAAUGGAUCUACAGAGAUCAACACAGCAUUACGAGAGUUCAUAAUUAAUGUUUGAUCAUAACCAUUUAUAAUCAAAUAACUUUUGUAAAUUGGUUUAGGUUUUCAGAUAUUUAUCAUUGUCACAUUAUUUAUCAUAGAUUAAUCUAUACUACCCAAAAGAAGUUAGGGAACACACCAGAGUUUUAUACAACGUUAUUACUCACCCUUGAAGAUAUUACUGUUUAAUAAAUCUACAUUGUUAUUACACAUGGUGUAAUAACAUUGCGUACUGUCAGAACUAUUUGC